GGCUUCAUCCAACCCAGACCGUGCUCUAGUUGCACUUCAGCCAACGAUAGCCAGAUCACCGGAUCCUCCCAUUUCGACUUUGCCUAUGUGAUUCACCUAGGUUCUACUACUGUGUCGUUUGUGCUGUUCUAUACGUGGGCAUCUUCCAAGCCGCCAACAAGCACAACAAACAAACUUUGUCGAUCCAUCUACCCGCACGCGAACCCUUUGUUAUCUUCGUUGUAGAUAACGGCCUUUACCUAUACUUACUUGCCUUCCUGCAUUACCCGGUGCCUGGUAACACAAAUAAAAUAUCUUCAGUCGACCUUCCCCUCCUCCCCCUCAUCGUUCACUGCGUACAGCGAGCAAGUAGGCGCGCACUUAAGCCAGUCGCCCCUCACUUCUAGCCCGGCAUCUCAUUGUCGAUCCAUUUUGUGCCCCGUCUUCAUCCUCCUAUCAAAUACAUUUCGACAAAGGGACUUAAUAAGUAAUAGGAGGCAUUUCACGACAGAUAACUUCUGUUCCUGCCAACCAGCCAUGGCUGACGAAAUGACGCCAGAGAGGGUGUAUUGUUACCAGUGCCAAAGUGUAUGGGCAAGAGAAGAAGAGAGCGCAUUACGGUGUCCCAUCUGCGAGUCCGAAUUUGUCGAAAUCGUGGAAAGAGAUAACCCACCUCCAGAGCUCCAGAACCCCCCGACACACAGCCCUUCCCCCAUCCGCCAGAGUCCCAGUUCAGCACCAUCCUUCCAUCACAUACGCGGUCCUAGACCAGGUAUCCAAACCGAACACCUCGACGCCCCGGGAGGUAGGGCAACGUUUCGCAGUUUUCGGUCGGGCGAUGGAAGGUUUACGUUCGCUAGUACAUCAUUCCGAUCGUCCAGAGGAGGUUCCCCCCACGGACAGCCACUGCAUGAUACCCCCGUCCAUGACCCUUUCGCGUUCCUUCGCAACACCACGGCUCUUAUCGACGCCCUUACAGAGAACCCCGCUGUUCGGCCGACGCGAAGGCAUCGGUCCCCUGGCCUACAACCACUAGUUUAUCUACCUGGCGUCCAUGAACCCCAGGGCGACGAUCUAGGUUUAAAUAUAGAUGGAGAUGGAAACACAUUGAGGGUUAGUUGGCGCUUGGCACCGCGAAACGCAUACAACGCACGGGAGGAUACAGAUCCAUUUGCUCAUCUACAAGAGGUUCUCGGACAAUUUGCUGGAUAUCAACGUGGAAACCAGAUGAACGGUGGGGCGAACGAGGAUGCAGAUAUACGAUCGUUGAUGCUGUCUCUCCUUCAAGGCAUUGCUGAGGAUGGUGGAAGUCUGGAUGAGAAUGCAGAUCGACCCGUAACUAGAGAACAGCUCGCGCUCCUGAAAACCCAGACGUUGAAGGAAACUUUACAAGAAACCGAGGGAGCGCUUGAUCGUUUCGACGGCACGGAAACCUGUGGCAUCUGCAUGGAAACUGUAGGACUAGAUUCCCGAGUGACCGUGCUGCCGUGCAAGCACUGGUUCCACUCGACCUGCAUAUCUCCAUGGCUGGACGAUCACAAUACUUGCCCUCAUUGCAGAGCCAGGAUCGGGCGUCCAACACUGCAAACGCCGAACAGGGGACACCAACAAAACUCAACGACCGGCUCAGGGGCCGGCUCAAGGUCCCCACCUCAAUCUGCGUCCGGUUCUCGUGGUAGAGGGAGUAUGGCGGAUCCUUUCAUUGUUUCAGACAGUCCUCCUCGCCGAUCAAAUUCAGGGAAUGUCAAUCCAUCACAAUCUCCCCGUUCGUCGACUAAUCGUGACCGUGCCAACCCAACGUUCAACGGAACUGAGAACCUCCCAUCACGGCCAAGGGAUGGUGGGGAAACUCAUACUAACCCUGCUGGGUGGCUUUGGAAUUGGCUUCAUAACAGUAACGACUAAGUUUCUGUUCGACGUGGACGCAUGUAUAUACCAGAAACAGAACGCAACAUUUAGAGGUCUAUCAAUCGAAUAAAAUUAGCAAAUGCCCACCGUGUUCUUUUGGAUAUCCUGACGUAGGAUGCUAUCGAGUCAACAGACUGUCCGUAACCACCACCUCUUCCUGAUCACUGUUAUUCAAGAUAUGAUGAUAACCAAACGGAUUCGAUUUGCUUUAUUAUUUCUUUCCUCCUGCCUACCAAACUACUGCUGUAUUCUGUUUUCGAGAUGGAUAUCGUUUACGAGCAUCGGCGCGCCAGCGCCUCCUUUUUCCCCGUCACAUUUUAUUAUGCUCAAACUUUUCGUGUUUCCAUUCUUUAUUUUCCUUUUGUUUUGCGGCUAAUAAUAAAAAAUGUGCGCGUUUCAUUUUUGUCUAUCUUCUCCUGGCAAGCGCAUGUUUUAAUCCAUUUUGAUUUAUCUAUUUUGUUUUCUGGUUGUGUUCAUCACGGUUGCGGAUAUUUUUCCUUCUAGCCAUACCCUUUGCCCCAACCUUAUUACGAGUUGCUACAGUGUACCUCUCUUCCAACUGCCGUUACUAUUUAGAGAAAACCUCCCGUCAUGACCAUUUUUAUUUCCUCUGCAUAUGCAUAUACAUAUAUUUUAAAUUCAAGCAUUGUCAUUGCGAGUUGAAACGUGAAG